CCUUUCCAAAAACAGAAGAUAUUUAAUAGAGAGAAUAAAGGGGAGGCUGCAACCGAAAAUUGGAGUCACUAGCGAAAUCACUGACGGGAGCUAUUAGGAAGAAGCUCUCUCCCACUAUUCAUGGCCAAAAUUUAAAAUUUUUGAAAAUCCUUAAACUCUCGCUGAACUAGUAAAUCUAAUGGCCUCCAUAGCCUCAUGUUUCUGUUUAAAACCCUCCGUCGUGCUUAGACCUCCUAGUUUCCCUUCCAGAUUUCAAGCCCCUGUUUUUUCUAGGAACUCCUGGAAAUUUCACAAUUCUAGGGUUUUCGUGCCUGUUGUCAGAGCGGGUCUUGAUGUUGCUUCUGGAAUUAGGCCUGGAGGCAUUGUGGAGACUGAUAAACUGCCCUCCGAUGUACGGAAGCGUGCUAUGGACGCCGUUGAUGCAUGUGGUGGUAGGGUUACUAUUGGAGAUGUGGCCAGCAAAGGUGGGCUUAAGUUGAAUGAAGCUCAGAAGGCUUUGCAGGCCCUCGCUGCCGAUACCAAUGGUUUCUUGGAGGUUUCAGAUGAAGGGGAUGUUCUUUAUGUUUUCCCAAAGGAUUAUCGCUCAAAACUUGCUACCAAGUCUUUUAGGAUAAAACUUGAGCCUUUUGUUGAAAAAGCGAAGUCAGCAGCUGAGUAUUUAGUAAGAGUUUCCUUUGGGACAGCACUAAUUGCUUCAAUUGUUCUUGUUUAUACGACAAUUAUUGCACUCCUCUCAAGUAGAAGUGAUGAAGAUAAUCGUGGAAGACGUGGAGGCAGAUCUUAUGAUUCGGGUUUCACUUUUUACUUAAAUCCAGCUGAUUUGUUUUGGUACUGGGAUCCAUAUUACUAUAGGAGGCGACGAAUACAGAAAGAAGAUGAUGGGAUGAACUUCAUAGAAUCUGUUUUCUCAUUCGUAUUUGGGGAUGGUGAUCCAAAUCAAGGAAUUGAAGACGAGAGGUGGAAGUUGAUUGGGCAAUACAUAUCUUCCAAUGGUGGUGUUGUUACAGCUGAAGAACUUGCUCCAUAUCUUGAUUUAGAGACUGCUGACAACAAUCUAGUUGAUGAAUCAUACAUCUUACCUGUGCUUUUGCGGUUUGAAGGGCAGCCAGAAGUGGAUGAGGAGGGAAAUAUUCUCUAUCGUUUUCCAUCACUGCAACGUACAGCUUCAUCACAGAGAUCUGGAAGGAAGGAAUACGUUGGGAAAAGGUGGACUGAUUGGGUUGGAGGGGUUGAGAAGUUCUUCAAGGAGAAGAAAUGGCAAUUCAGUAAAACUAGCAAUUCAGAGAGGGCAAUGGUCAUUGGAUUGGGUGGGCUUAAUCUAUUUGGAGUUAUUAUACUGGGUACUAUGCUAAAGAAUGUUGCAGUUACACCGAGUGGAUUCAUUACAUUUGUUUCUGACAUAUUUCCUCUACUUCAGAUCUAUGCAGGUUCUUUUUUUGCAAUUCCUUUGACCCGGUGGUUCCUCAUUCGCAAUAAAAAUGCUAAAAUUGAGAAAAGGAACCUAGCAAGAGAACUCCGUGCUCGGGCCCUUGAAUUACCAGAUCUUUCCCUAAGACGAAAGCUUCUGAGUGCUCGGAACAUGGCUCAGAGAACGGUCAUUGGGCAGGAUAGGAUUGUCUAUAGCACUGACAGGGACUUGUUUGAGCAAGACUAUGAUACCCAAGAUUGGGAUCAAAGAUUCCGUGAGAUUGAGAAGUCAGAUUGAGAAGGGAGCUAGGACAGCAAAUUUUACCUUUUGGCUAUUGGUGAAUACAGUAGAAACCAGAGAAGCCACCAUAUAUUAUGACUGUAAUCGAUAUUUGAUGACCACAAAUGUAUAUGCGUUUGUAAUUUGAAUUUUUGUUUUUCUUAUUGGAGGAAUCCCAUUAUUGAAGUUGAAGCG